CGUAGAUAGGGGCAGAGUCUGCUGUGUGCGAGUGAGAGAUGGACCGAGGGCGCUCUUCCGAUUAGCGAAUGCUAAGAGAAGAGACUCACAUAGCAAAAACUAUUGAUAUAACAGACUUGAUUGGCUUUAACCUGAAAACAAAACAAAUAAGUUUACUAUCUUUCACAUCCGCUCCACACACACCAACACGGGAUUGAUGGUAAUGUAUGCAAGGAAACCAGCGAGACUCGGCGAUGGGUGCAACGAUCGAAGGGACUCACAGCCCUAUCAGACUCUUAAAUACUCAUCGAAGAGUCACCCCGGUAGCGACCACCGGCAUGAGAAGAUGCGAGACCCUGCUGAUGCCACCCCACCGUGCAAAAUCCUGCGGCGAUCUGACAGCCCAGACAACAAACACACCGACAAUUCCAGUCAUGGCCGGGCGAAAGCGAUCCACACACACCGAGGCAGAGAGAGGGAUGGAGGGACCAGUUAUUCCCCUCAGGAGAACUCUCACAACCACAGCGCUCUGCACAGCGCCAACUCCCAUUCCAACCCCAGCAGGACGGCUGACACGCCCUAUGAACCUGCAGAUGACUGGUCAGAGCACAUUAGUUCCUCUGGGAAGAAGUACUACUACAACUGCAGGACAGAGGUCUCACAGUGGGAGAAGCCUAAGGAGUGGCUGGAAAGAGAGCAGAGGCAGAAGGAGGCUGCCAAGACGACGGUAGUCAACAGCUUUCCCAAAGACAGAGACUACAGACGGGAGGCCAUGCAGGCUACGGUUGCCUCCAGCUUCCCUAACAAGUCCGUAUCAGAGAAGCCAUCCUCCCUCUCCUGCACGUCUCAGUCCUCCUCUUCCUCGUCAUCUGUGGCCAGCGCCGCCGCUCAGGCCGGCUCGGCCUCCGUCUCCACGGUGACCGUCUCCCCGGUGCUGCAGUCCCCGGUCGCGCCCACCCUGCUCCAGGACCCGUCCCUCCUGAGACAGCUCCUCCCCGCGCUGCAGACUGCCCUGCAGCUCAACAACGCCAGCGUGGACAUGGCCAAGAUCAAUGAGGUUCUGACAGCAGCUGUGACUCAGGCGUCGCUGCAGUCUAUGCUCCACAAGAUCCUCACGGCCGGUCCGUCUGCCUUCAACAUCACCUCCCUGCUCUCCCAGGCUGCCCAGCUGUCUAACCAAGCCCAGCAGUCCAGCCAGUCGCCCAUGUCUCUGACUUCAGACGCCUCAUCACCCCGCUCCUACGUGUCCCCCCGGAUCAGCACCCCCCAGACCAACACCGCAUCCCACAAGCCACUGCUCAGCACGCCACCCGUCACCACACAGACCAAGGUGAGCACACCUGUUGUAAAGGCCGGCUCUCACCCUCAACCCUCUCCCCAGCAGCCCCUCCCCUCAGACAAGCACCACGACACGGCCAGCUCUCCCCGCAACCUUCAGAGGCAGAGCAGUCAAAGAAGCCCUUCCCCUGGCCCCAACCAUGUUGCCGCGAGCAACAGCAGCACCAGUAACAACGGCAGUAGCAGUAGAGUGGGUGUGGCAGCCGGUGCGAGUGGGGGGGCCCAGGUGGAAUCCACGGGACGGUCGGCGUGCUUCACCCCCUCCCUGGCGGCACACUUUGAUGAGAACCUCAUCAAGCACGUACAGGGCUGGCCUGCAGAGCACGUCGAGAAACAGGCAUCUCGGUUACGUGAGGAGGCCCACACCAUGGGCAGCAUCUACAUGUCGGAGAACUGUACCGAGCUGAAGAACCUGCGCUCCCUGGUGCGAGUGUGUGAGAUCCAGGCCACGCUGCGUGAGCAGAGGAUACUGUUUUUGAGACAGCAAAUUAAGGAACUUGAAAAGCUGAAGAAUCAGAAUUCCUUCAUGGUGUGAGGACUUGCGUUGCUGGAGUGGGGAUCUGGAAAAGAGUGGAGAGGAGAGAGGGGCAGAAGUCUGUGUGUGUGUGUGUGUGUGUGGGUGGGUGCAUGUGUGUUGGUGUUUGGGUGGUGCAUCAACCUGUUGCACACAUUCAGAACCCUGGAGAGCCACAAUUGUGUUGUUUGGGCCCAGCUGUGCCCAUAAACAGAACUGCAUCCACAUUUGGACCAAGUGGGAGAAUGUGUGUGUGUGUGUGUGUGUGUGGGUGUGUAUUGGUGUUUGGUGGAUGUGAUGGGGUGUUGAAACAGGACCGCCCAACGCCUCUCCUCUCCGCCCUGAACGUGUAGAUUUCCAGUAGAUGUUUCCAUGUUUGUAAAUAGGUUUUGUAGAAGCCAUGGAAAGCCAUGCCUAUCAGAGAAACGGAAGAAGAAAAAAAAAAAAAGCUUUCAACAUCCAAACGAUGGAACGGACAUCGACUGGCCCCCUGUUGGCCUCCAGAACUUUGUCUUGGCUCUGGGGGAGGACGCCAGCAGGCUUUUUCUUGUGGUAGACUGACAGACCAGUGAACCAUUUGCCCUGAGCACGCACUACGGACCUGCAUGGAUAUGAUGGACGAUCUGAACGGGAGUGUCACCGAACAUGUAACCCCUCUCCACCCAUACUCCCCCACCCCAGGUCCUCAACACCCAAACACACAGGACUCCGUCAGUCGCUGUCUAAACACUCAUCCUCUCCAAGUGGACGACCCUCCCUCAGUAGCACCAUCUCGCACGGAGACUCAUACAUACCCACCUCUACAGUUUUCUCUCUUAUUCUCAAUCACAUAUACACACACACACACACACACAGACACAAAACACUUUCAGUCUAAUGACCUGAUUUUUCUCAUUGUAUGGACUGUAACAAUGAAGCGUAACUGGUUAGCAGUGUAGUCUCCUGUAUCCUCUGUUUGUUCUCUGACGGCCUGGUUCAGAAGGGGGGGGGGGCUCCCUGUCUGCCUGCAGUGCAGUGGCCUCCAGUGGC